AUGACGGGUCCGAUCCACACCUACGGCCCAAGCUGCGUGCUCGAAGAGCCGGUGCGGACCGACACCCAGUCGGCACCAGAUAUUCAGACGCAGUUUUUUUACAUCUCAGCGCUGCCGAUCGAUGACCCCCUGGCUCCUCUGCCACCGCCUGCAAACCAGGCGGGCGUUGAAAGACUGCCUCCCAAGCCAUUCUCAGCCAGGGAUAACAUCGCCUUGGAAGAGGCUUGGCGCGAUCUACGGGAACGAAAAAAGAAGGAUGCAGAGAGUCAGAAACAGAAGUCGCAUGCAGAGAGUCGACCGUUUGGGAUCGCAGUGCCUGGCCAUGAUUCAGAAUCAAAUGUCCGACCGCGUCGCAAGACGGCCAGUCGACAUGACCCGUCCCUGGUGGAAAGCAGAGGGAGCACGCUCAGCAACCCGUCUUCGCUCUUGGAUGAGCUACACUCGCGCAGCCACAAAAGUCACGCCGCUCUGAAUUCUAAUCCCACGGCUACGCGAGCAAAGGAAAUCAGCCAUGAUGACCAUGAAGACUGUUCAUCAGACGACGGGGCAAAGCAUGACACUCCAACGGAUCUAGGCACUGCCCGGAAAAGAGCACGUUCUUCAUCAGUCAAUGAGUCCAGCGCAGCGAAGCGAAGAAGCAGCUCCCUUCUUGAAAUCGAGAAUAUCGACGAAGGUGAAGAAUCCGGGAGUCCACGAGACAAUCGUCCCCAUGAUGCAAGCAUGAGCGGAUCUCCGUUCAUACGAGCACCGAUCCCCCAGUCUCAAACACCCCUCGGACGCUCAUUCGAGUCGACUUCCACCAAGGAAGGCGGGUCAGACUGGCAGGCGGAGGUGCGGGCUAGUGCCCCAAAAAGUGCUCCGAAGCCCUCGGGCCUGAGAACCACGUUCAGCGUGGAUCAACUGACGCUGGACUCCCAGGAUGACAGGACAGAGGGGCCAGAUACACAGUCGAAAAUCCCAGUUGGUGUAUCUCGGCUUCAUCUGGUCGAGUUGCCAAAUCUAAAGGCAAGUGGAAUGUCGUUCUUGCUCACUCAUAUCUCGAACGUAGUCCGAGCCACUUGGUUUUACAAGAAUACGAUGUUCCCGGUCGAGACGGAAAUUGCGAACAGGCUGGAAGAGGGAUAUCUUGAGCUGAAGCCGUGGACCGAUACCUGGCAAGACGAGUUAAACAGUUGCGUCGAUAACGGCGCUGAUGCCGAAAUGAAGAUUGUUCACCCGCUGUGGGCAAAGAAACCUACUUUGGCCGGUCAGCCUGCAACUUCGCAAGGUGAUCCGAGUGGAGAUACACCCUUAGACGACUCGGCGGAAUCUACGAGAUAUGAUCAGAAUCAGGCAGCCGGUGGAAUCUCCGCCCAAGCCGAGAGCAUCAAGUCAUACCUCACAUCCAGCGCCAUUUACGUCAAUGCAGUUGAUGCCCAGGUACUGCGACCAAGCCUACUGCCCUCGGCCUCGAGGGGACGCCGUCCUCUUGGUGCUAUACGGAAGGGCCGACAGAUAGGUAUUCCUGUGGUUCGAGGCUUCAACCGCAAGCUUUGGGAGGAGCUCCAUCCCUCAAAACCCAAUCCUAUCGAUGUGCGCCACUAUAUCCGCAAGACGCAAUCAAGGGACCCUGCUGUACCGGGUGAGCAGGUGUGCUAUGCCUGCAAGAUGGAGGAGUCGAGACCACCCCCAACAGACCUGGUGCUGGUCAUCCAUGGUAUCGGGCAAAAGCUUUCCGAGAGGAUGGAAAGCUUCCAUUUCACCCAUGCUAUCAAUGCAUUUAGACGCGAGGUUAACAUGGAGCUCAACAACGAGCCUGUAUGGCCCCACGUACGCCAGGAUCACGGAGGAAUCAUGGUUCUUCCAGUCAAUUGGCGCACUAAGCUAUCGCUAGACGAUCCCGAUGUCGAAGCAGGCCUUGACGAUCCGGCCAGAAAUGACUUCUCACUUGACGAUAUCACACCGCAAACUCUCCCUGCCAUCCGGUCCCUGAUCAGUGAUGUCAUGUUGGAUAUUCCCUACUACCUCUCACACCACAAGCCAAAGAUGGUCAAGGCGGUCAUACGAGAAGCAAACCGUGUGUACCGUCUUUGGUGUAAGAAUAAUCCAGGAUUCCAAGAGAACGGCCGGGUACACUUGAUCGCUCAUUCCCUCGGCAGCGUGAUGGCCGUCGACAUUCUCAGCCAGCAACCAACACACGUCCCCCGUUUUGACUUUUCCAACACCCCUUUGCAUAGCGACAUCUUCGAGUUCGAUACUAGACAUCUGUUCCUCUGCGGGAGUCCAGCUGGAUUCUUCCUUCUUCUCAACAAAGCUAGCCUGCUCCCCCGAAAGGGCCGAAGCAAACCAGGCAGCGAAGGCGAUGACCUCCUUCGAGGUGUAGCCGGAGAAGCCGGGCAAUACGGCUGCCUUGCCGUGGACAAUCUGUACAAUAUCAUGCAUACAACCGACCCAAUUGCCUACCGAGUCAACGCAGCAGUCGACUCGGAACUCUCCAAUACCCUCAAAAUGGGCACAAUCCCGAGCUCAACCUCAACCUUCUGGCAGUCAUUUGGCAGCGUUUUCCGAUGGAGCUCUACACCAUCAACAUUUACUUCAACCCCUACCCGGCCAGCAGCAGUUUCCAAACUCCCAUCUAAUGUCGAGCUAGAAACGCAUGAUUUUACCCGUGAGGAAAUCGCCGAGAAACGCAUGCUCUUGCUCAAUGAUAAUGGUCAGAUCGACUACUAUCUUUCUGGCGGCGGUGGUCCGCUCAACAUCCAGUAUCUCAACAUGCUGAGUGCUCACAGCAGUUACUGGACGCUGGGUGACUUUGUGCGCUUCCUUGUUGUGGAGAUUGCGAGGAAGCAGGGCAGGGAAGGGACCUUGAUUGCCUUCAGAGCGGAGAAGAAGAAGGGUUGGAAGUACUCGAAGGGGUGA